AUGGAUUUUCUCCUUUCUUUAACGCACUUCUGUGAAGUGCAUGGCCCAACCUCCAUCAUCUGCUCCCAGGUCACCCCGUUCGCCUGUUCACAAUGCCAUCCGGAUGCGGAUCACUCUCCGGACAAUAGCCCGGCCAACUCACCUCGCCCUAAAUCCCCCAAUACACCUGCAACGGCCGAUUUCAAUGGUUCCAAGGUCGAAAAGAUCGAGGAUCACCCUUAUUUCAUGCGACCGCAGCUCGCCUCACCCGAAGAACGGAAUACUCGCGCCGGGAGUGUGGACGGCGACACAUGCGCCAGCUGUAGCUUGUCUCUCCCAGAAGGAGUGAGCAAACAGCUCCCUUCACCCAGUCGCGACGGCAAGUCCAACAAUGGCAGUCCAGUCCUGCGCUCCCGUGAGGUCGUCUACUCAUGCGGUAACAACCACUGCGACUCUGAUGAUCACGCCCCCGACCCUCACGCUCAUGCAUCACCGCCCGAUUCUCUACACUCCUCCUCAGUCGCUUCUGACUCCUCCUGCCACUCGCAUAUCCUGACCUAUCUCUCUCUCCGGGGCCCACCAAACCCCACCGAUUACGCACUAUUGCGCCGGUCCUCUAUCCGCACUCUGAGCUGCGAACUUCUUCCCCGUGGUCUCUCCUCCGGUCCAAUUUGCUUCGGCGACUCCGUUGCAGGCUACACAAUUGCCUACAUUUUCCGUCUUCCCGACCCCAUGGCUCGUGGCAAACGACGCAGCUAUGCCCUUGUGGCUCUCGCUGGAAAAGAUGCCGGAAGGGCAUUCCGAGCGUGUCCCGUCAUCUGGCGAGCCUUCGGUCGUAUCGCAACUGGCAUUGUGAGCGCAGCAGAACGAUUUCAGGAAGAGGAAAAGAAGCGGGAGGAGCAAACUAACCCUGGAGGCAAUCCCGGCGGUCGUCAAUUCACACCUGUGUCCUCCUUCCUAACCGGUCGAGCUUUUGACCCGACCGGGCAGCCACGCCGGCUUGGUCAGAUCCGUGCGCGCAAUUUAGCCGAGAUCGUCGGCAAUGAAUACAUUUUCACCGAGAUACAUGCUCAUUUUGUUGCGCUCCUACAACAACUCGGGUCGAUGUUCGGCGGUGUUCCUAUCUCUGAUGAACGCUACGUCUGCAGUACGAUGGGUGAUGAAGAAACUACUGGCGCUAGCCAGCCAGUUCUCGUCUCCGCCGCCGCCCGCUCAAAGCGUAAUUCCACUGCUACCAAGUACGAUGGCAACGACAUUGAUAUGUCCAAGUUGGACAUAUCUGGGCCCAAGCCUAUUCCAAUUAACGCUCGCCGGUCCGUCGUGGCCUAG